AUGGGUCUCUUUCGAAUCGACUUCCUUGCUCUAUGGCUUCUCUUCCUGCGUCUCGCGACAGCCGCCGUCCCGGUACCAACCAGCGACGGCUACUGCUUCGUCUAUCUCAUCCAGGGUUAUGAUACGUGUGCGCUGAUUGCCAAAGCACACGGCAUCACCGAGGCCGACAUCGAGAGCUUCAAUAAAAACACCUGGGCGUGGCUCGGAUGCGGACGACUAUACCAGGGCGACUUCAUUUGUCUCAGCGCUGGGAAACCGCCGAUGCCAAUGGCCCUUCCGCAUGCAACCUGCGGCCCACAGGUACCUGGCACAACACGUCCGGCAAAAUGGGCCGACCUCCCUGGUUUGAACCCAUGUGCUGAGUCCAAAUGUUGUGCGUUCUGGGGUCAAUGUGGUGUCUCCGAUUUAUAUUGCGAGGGUUACCGUGCACCUCCUGCCGGUCCUACAGCCACCGUGAAAGGGGCGACAGAGGCCCCGACGUCCGAAGUCACUACCAAGGCAAAGGCAACCGGAGUCCAGCAAUCCACCAAGACCGGCGCAGGCUCAAAAGCUACCUCCAAAUCCAGCACCAGCUCCAAGUCCAGCACUACCGGAACCACCAUCAUCAAAGCCACGAAAAUCACUACAACAACUAAACAAACUACUACCCAAAAAACAACAACACAAGCCGCGCCUAAAGCAAGCGCGUCUCAAUAUAGCUGGACGGCACCGUGGGAGAUCACACUAUACAGCCAAGCAAACUGCCAGGGCGACUACUACCACCUCGAGGGCUAUAACAAAGAAUACCUCGACGACAAGGGCUGCUUGGCGCUCCAUGGAGGCCUCAAUAGCAAGUUCACCGAGACAGGCGUGACCUGUAAAUGGUGGACUUCUAAUAGCCUCACGUGGACUAGUUGUGAUGCGAGCAAACUUGUGAAACCCGAGUCGUGGCUGCUCAAGAAUGGGACUGAGGGGAUUGAUCCGCCUACUUUUGCUGCUUUGGAGUGUUCGAUUAAUGGAUAUUAA